AUGGGAGCCAUGGCCUCGGAGAGACACAGAGAACUCUUCCUGUUUACUUUGAUUCUUCCAUUCCUGGCGCACCUGAACAGGUGCAUGGCCUGUAGGCUUGGAUUACUCUCAGAGUGUGAGAAGGCCCCAUUUGUGCCUGGAUACAACCUGGCAGGGGAGGGGUUCGAUGUGGUUCGGAUGCAUCGCAAGGGUGCCUACGUGAUCAAUGUCAAAGCCUACAUGAAGCACAAUGACACCUGCACGAUCUGUGAGAACCGUUUCCUGGGGGGUCAGAUGCAGAAGCUGCCCGCAAACGUGCUGGACUGGAGGCCCUUCAGCCGCUGUAAGAAGCAGCUGUCCAGCGCUCUCCACCACUCUGUUGACUCCCUGCUCCGGAGCUCCACCUCCCUCAUCAACAACAACUGGGGGGUGGACCUGAACCUCGAUGACCUGGGCAGGGUGAUCCUGGGGGGCAGCCGCUCCGAAAUCGCCCAGUUCGCCAGAUCCCAGUUCAGCCUGGACAAGGCCACAUUCGCUACGCAUGAGCUGAGCUGCACACACUACAGUUACAGGUUGGCUGAUCAUCCAACGCUGAGCACAGAAUUCUCUAAGCACCUUCUGAGGUUGCCUCGAAAUUAUGAUGUCAGCACAAAACCCCUGUACCGGCGGUUGAUUGACACCUAUGGCACACACUACAUCCGUCAGGUCCAGCUGGGAGGCAGGGUGAGACGGGUUACUGCCUUCCGCACCUGCCUGGCCACUCUGAAGGGAUUCUCUGAGUACGAGAUCAAGAAUUGCCUGGACAUCGAGCUGAAAAUGGCACUGGGGUUCCUCCCUGUCAAUGCCUCCCUCACCCAAAAGUGUAGCCAUAUUCUCACGGACAACAUGACAAUGGGCUUCUACCAGGGGUUCAUGACGCACAAGAUGGAGGUCUUAGGCGGGGAGAAGUAUUUCCCAGAUGUCCUGUUUAACCAGGACCCCUCAUCAGCCUACAGCAGCUGGAUGAGCAGUCUGAAUGUCAACCCUGACGUGGUCUCCUACGCUGUCUUCCCGCUUCACCACCUCGUCGGCGACCCUGAAGUGGGCGCCAACCUCAGGAGAGCUGUGCUGGAGUACAUAGAGGAGAACAGGCUGGAGAUGGCCCUCGGCAAAGCCCGAACGUGCUCUCCCGCCCCCAACCUGGACCACAACUGCUGUCCCCUGCGUGCAGGCCGUGGUUGCUUGAGGAUUACGGUGGAGAAGGCCUCCGGCCUGAAGGCAGAUGUUUUCACCGAGUCCGACGGUUUCGUGAAGGUCUGGUACAAUGAAAGGUAUGAAGAGACAGAUGUGAUCAAGGAUGACAAUAAUCCAGUGUGGAAUGACAUCUAUAAUUUUGGCUCAGUGGAGCUGGGUCAUGAGCUCACGUUUGAGGUUUGGGACAGGGAUCUGCUUUUCAAUGACCUGCUGGGCCAAUGCAAAAUUUACCCUGAGAGAGGCAUUCACUCACACAGCUGUGAGCUAUACAGAGGGGUUUUUUACUUUACCUACAGCAUCACAUGUGAUAUGCAUCUGACUGGCUACAGGUGUGAAAGGUACUCCCCAGAUGACACAGAGAGCCUUUUUAACACACUGCCGUGA